AGAUUGUAUUUUCUUGUUAACAUUCUGUUUGACGUUUGAUUAAAACAAUUUAAUGCAUUUUUAUUUCAUGACUAUAGUCCUUGGCCUCGGGCAAAAGAUAUUGACUUAGUGAAAGUCCAUCCUAGGGGAUGCUUUGUUCGAGCCAAGUGCUGCAGAUCUUUUGACAAGAAGGGUGCGGUUUGGAAUGUACAUAUAUCCAUGCUGAAUUCCAAGGAGAUCGAGUCACAGUCAUGUGCAUGCAGUGCUGGAAAGGGUUCGUGCGCCCAUGUUGCAGCCUUAGUUUACCAGGUGGCCCACUACAAGACGCUUCACAAGACAACUGUGCCAGAACUGGUGUCGAAAACAUCUUGCCCGCAGUCUUUUCACAUUCCAUCAAAAGUUGACGGCAUCAAACCAAGACCUGUCAAUGAGGUCUCAUUUGUCAAGCCAAACCCUAAGAAGUCACUUCAUGAACAAUCAGAGUCCUGUAUUUGCAGCACUCUGUAUAAUCCUGUGAACACCUCCUACCCUGACAAUUCAUUUGUGGAUGGCAUACAGACAUUGUUACCACUAUGUGAUGACACUCUACAGAUUUUUAAGAUUUUGCCACAAACAAGUAAUCCUCCACCAGUGAAAACAACUGCAUAUGGGACAGUGUAUAUUGGUAGUACAUUGGCACAUCAGUUACCGGAGCCAAAAGCAGAUGGCAGCAUAUUUCGGAUACCUGACGGGCCAGAGUUUCCAAAGCUUCCCGUGCAUGAUCGUUAUGUACAACCAGUCUAUGCCACAGUAUUGACUGAGAAUGAAUCUCUGUUUAUGGAUAGCAUGCAGGUAUCAGAGAGUGAAUCUGUUGAGAUUGAGCGUGAGACACGAUCACAAAGUCUCAAUCCACUCUGGAACAGACUACGACAAAAGCGGUUGACUGCUUCAAUCUUUAAGGAUGUAGUGAGUCGACAGAAGGACUUCGAAUCACUCGUGGAACGUCUAACAAGUGGUAGAAAAAUACAGACAGCUGCCAUGAAACAUGGACUGGAACAUGAAUGUGAGGCAGCUCUUGAAUACUCAACCCAUAAACAAGUGAAUGUAAGACCAUGUGGAUUCGUUAUAAAUCCAGCAGCUCCAUUCAUCGGUGCGUCUCCAGACAGAAUUGUGUAUGACCCUUCAGAGUCUGAUCCUUUCGGCCUCCUAGAGAUAAAGUGCCCGUUAAAGGAGUCAUACAAGGAAGCACCAUGUCUGAAAGGAAACUCUGAUGGGACAUUUAGUCUUCGGGAAAGUAACUCCUACUAUAUGCAGGUCAUGGGACAAAUGGCAGUUACUGGACUUCCAUGGUGUGACUUGUGUGUCUGGACAGAAAACGACAUGCAUAUCGAGAGAAUUUAUUUUAAUGACAAAUUGUGGUCCGAUAUGUUUUCCAAACUAAGUAUAUUUUACCAUCAGCAUCUGAUAAAGAAAUUUGUCUAGAGCAACAUGAGCUCUAUUCUCUCAUAAAUAUGCU